AUGGAUACCGCCUAUGGUAUCAAACGCAUCGAAUCCAAGAAUGCCAGAGCUGCUAUUAUUCAGAAGAUUUCAGCAGACUUUAAUCUCAUGCCUCUCGUGGCUGAAGCCUACUAUAAACAGAUUUCUACCUACUUUGCGCAACACGCCAAUGUUCAACUGACAUCGGGACAAAUCUGUUACGAGGCUGUCGCCGCCGAGGAACCCGCAGGCAAACACAUCGCUUUAGCGAAAAAAGUUUCCUGUCGCCUGAAACUCAAUGACAUCGACACCGAUCUCGAAGUCUUAGCCGAUUACGGCCUGGCAGGUCUCAGACGACAUCGCAUCCUCCGAUUGACCCAAGAAGCUUAUGAUCAAGAUGCCUUGCUGAGUUAUGAAGACUUAGCCGUGUUAUUAACCAGCAGUCCUGCGACAAUGAAACGCGACAUUCGCGCCUUGAAGCAGGACGGGUAUUUUGUGAUGACGCGCGGGGCGAAACACGACAUGGGCCCAGGGCUGUCUCAUAAGACGCAGAUCCUUGAGUUGUAUUUCAAGGCAUAUACCUUCACCGAGAUUGAGCAAAAGACGAACCACUCCGAACGGGCCGUCUACCGGUACUUGAGAGACUUCACACAGGUCGCUACGCUCCAUCAUCAAGGCUUUCCGAGAGGCCAGAUACGCUUGAUCUCUCAUUUCUCGGACCGGCUGAUUCGCGAGUAUCUCUCGCUGUAUGAAGAAUACCAGCACACCGAUCGCAUGACCGAGUUGCUUCACCCGGAACCCAUGGAUGAAAAAAAGGGGGACCUCUGA